AUGGAUGUCUUAUGGCACCAUCGUCACUUGUUAUGUGUUUUCUGGUUUGUCUUCUUCUUGGUUGAGCUUCAGGAAUUUAUAGCUAAUGAAGGUUGUGGAGAGGCUCCUCUGGAGGGAGCAAUCCCCGACAUGACAUCUUCUACAGAGUUAUAUGUCAACCUGCAAAAAAUAUAUCAGGCUAAGGCAGAGGCUGAUUUUCUUGUUAUGGAGACAUACACAAAGAAACUGUUAAAGAAAAUAGGAAGAGAUCCACACAGCAUCCCAAAGACGACCAUAAAAAAUUUCUGCAAAAAUGCUCGAAAGCUUAAGGUAUGCCGAUACUGCACUAUUGAAGACGAGUACAGUUCGCCGGUUCAAAUGGAGCUGCAAAAGUUUCUAACCGAUGAAGACUACUGUACGGCCGUCGGAUUUUACAUCCUUCUACGAGCUGUAGAUCGUUUUGCUGCAAACUAUAACAAUUUCCCUGGACAAUUUGAUGGUGGGAUGGAUGAGGAUAUUUCUAGACUGAAAACAACAGCUGUUUCCCUACUUGACGAUUUGGGUUGCAAUGGAUGA